GUGUGCGGUACGCGCGCAUUUUAUGGAAUAUCGCCGGUACGGUCGGAAGUACGAUCUGGGCAUAUCAGAGUAGGCAGUGUAGGCUACGUCAGUGAAACUGAAAGUGUUUGAGGCCGGAAAGGUAGGACUGCUGUUAUUUUGUCACCGAAAAUUCAAGUCAAAAGGGAGCAGCAGCAUGUCUUGGGACGCUUACAAGGAUUCCCUGGAUGGUUACUACUGCGCAGAAAUCCAGAGGCGCGGGGAGAAGGGAUCGAGUCAACUCACGCACGUUGGGAUUUUCGGUCUAGCGGACGGCAACCCGUGGAUGUCAACGAACAAACCGUGGUCGAUAACGGCCAGUGCUGGUGAUAUCAAAAACAUUGUCUCCUCAUUUACCCAAGCUCAAAAUCCACUGGGCGCAACCGGCAUCAAGCUAGGAUCGAUGAAAUUCAUGUACCUGCGCAGCGACGACACAACGGUUUUUGGCAAGAAGAAGGGCAUAGGGUCCAUAUGCAUUUACAAGUCCAAAACAGCUCUCCUGAUCGUCAUCGCCAGUGAGAGCGCACAGGCGGGCGAUCUGAACAACGCCACCAUCAAGCUAGGCGAUUAUCUCACGGGGAAUGGCAUGUGAUGAGUCUCGUGCCACCGUGUACUCCAGAGGGCGCCCUUCACUUCACAUAGUCAGCCACUCGUCUGUUCUUCCCUUGUUGUCACAAGUCUUAAUAUUAUCUCACCAAGUUGUUUUUGCCAUAAUAGUAUUACCUAACUCGUCUCCAGCUGCUGCCAAAAAGUUUUAAUUUUCACAGAAAUGUGUUUGACAGUGAAUGACAUUUAAAUGUAGAAAGUAUGAUUUGAUUUCAUUUUUGAAAUGCAGUUUAUAUUUAUGUAUGAUUUUUAUUAACUGUUUGUGCUACGCACACCAAGAAAGUGCAGUUUUCACUUACCGUGGAGUCUUUAAUGGUUUACCUCUUGGUAUUCAGAAUAUUCGUGUUUUUAAUGUUGUUGCAUUUUGUGGACUUGCAAGGCACAAGAGUGUGCAUUUUCACUGGUAUGUGAAACCAGUCCAGAGAAAAUUCGGAUUGAAAAAAAAAAAGUCUCAAGUCAUUUUGGAUUUCACGUUUGUUGGCUGAGGCAAAUAGAAAAGAAAGAGCAAAGACAUUUUGUUGCAAUCGAGUUGUGCAGUAAGAUCUGUUCCUGAAAAAAGUCACUUCAGUAUGCAGCUGCCCCACUUGUAAUUGUUGUCUCAGUUUUUUCCAUGACCAGGGGAAAUAAUUGGCUCCAUAUCAGAUUGUCAGUCGUGAAGUACGGGGCCCAGAUGUGACCAUGUGUACAUUACAUCGAGUCAGAUGACGGCACUGGAGCGUGCCCAUGUGUCUUUCACGUCAGUGAAGGAGCAUGAAACAAGGAGUUGCACCAUUACCAUCAUGGCCGAAGCCCUGGAGCCAAAUUGGUAUUGGUAUUGGUAGAGUUAUCACACUGCCGUUACUCACCAGCCCUGUGCCAUUAUCUGCUGAGUUUAGCACAGCUCGUUUAAUUAAAUCGGGUCUUGAUCUCUGGCAGAUGGGUUUUGUGUCUUCCUUUAAAUGGCAGGAAAGAAAUGAAGGUCAAAGGAAAAAACAAUUUCACAAAUUGAACCCCUGUGUUGAGGAAUUUCACAUGAAGUGCCACCGCACUGGGGUUUACAACAGAAAGCCUCGCUCGGACCCCGUGGUUGAUAGACUUGUACACGAGCAUGCACGGGACGUGUACGUGUAGAUGAUGUCUAGCCUAAACAAAACCUCCGCAAAAAAUGAAGGCAUGUUUCAUAUUUGGUCGUGGAAAAAUUUAUGGAAUUUCAUUUGUGGACAGAAACACGUGAGAACGUCUGGGUAAAGUACAUGUACUGUUAAAUUUGAACAUGUUGUUACUAAAAAGCAACAACAGCUCCAGGCAGAGAUUUCCGAUUGAGAAGCAAACAGACUUCUGAAUGCAUAAACUAACCCAGAAAAAAAAAAUUAUCAACAAAUAAAAAUGGUCGAUUUUGUUGUAAAUUUGUAUAUCUUUCUUGUUUUGCAAUUGCUUUUGCUAAUUUAUUUUAAACCAACCAUUCUGGGUUAGUUGUGAACAAAUUGCAUACAUAUCGUAAAUUCUAAUUGAAGGAUUUUUUUCCCAUUGAAGUACGUACAUGUACACGCACGUACAUGAAGAGGCCCAUGCAUGCACAUCAGUGUGUUUUCAUUUGAUGGGGAACUUUGUUUCUCAUGUCCAGCCCUUUGUGUCAUCAAAUUCCACCAUCGCGUCUCCAUGUGCAUUAUGCCUACAUUUGUUUGAACUUGAAUUGCAGAUCUGUAAUAUAUUUGCGACCAACAAGAAUAACACAUGGUGUGUGCGGAAUGUGCAUGCAGGCUGCACUACAUGUGCAUGUGCAUGCACACACGCAGGCAUGUACAUGUACAUGUGGAUGUACAUGUACAUUGCAUGUGCGUGUGCAAAUAUGUAGGGCUUUUCAUACAGGAAUUGCUUGGUAUUUUGAAUAUCAAGUAUCACUUCUUUUUUGUCCUUUGCUUGUCAUGUCUGAUGUUAACUUUCAUCUGAAUCAUUUUGGCUGUAAAAUGCAACGGGUUAUUAUGGUGGAAACUGGAGAGCGUCAAAUUGUAAUUUCUUGAAACUGACAUUCAUACAAAAAGGGUAAAUCAGAUUUCUAGACUGAUCUUCACCCAGUGUGCGGAAUAUUAUACGAUAUUCACUCGGAAUGUGUCUCCAUUUUUUUUUCCCAGGAUGAUUCCCUAUUGAUAAAGAGGCACGGGCUUUCAAAAAGCAAUUACAUUUUGUUCGGUUAACCUUCCAGUAUUUCAUAAGGUGGCCGCAUUAUUUCUGUGACCAGUGGAUAGAAUUAAGCAUUACCGUUUGUAACUCUUUGCUCACAUUUGCAAAAGCGACUCUUUAUAAUUAUGGAAGUAGAGUAUCCCCACGAAGAGUGUGUAUCAUUUUAUUUCAGUAUUUCAAGAAUGUCUACAGGAUUACUUUUUCUUGCUUUGCUAUGUAAAAAUCCAAAGCUGAACACAGAAGGGGAGAUUUAAUACUACAAAUAAAAGGCUAGCUUUCUAAAAUGUAGUAUGACUGGAUUUUUGCAGUAACCUAUGGCAAUUGUAUAAACAUCUGAAUGACUAGUAACAUGUAAAUUUUGGGAUUAUGCUAUGCAAAGAUGUUGCUCUUGUUGUCUGGCUGAAAAAAAAAUGCAUCUGAAAUCUUUUAAAAGUUGAUGUUGUAUUCAAAUUUUGAAACGAGAAUAGUUGUUCGGUUAGCCAGGCUUAAUUGUUUGUUUACAUGGUUCAGUGUUAAUGCUAACAAAUGUUUUUGUAAAAAACAAGUAGUUAUUUGACCAAAAUGUAGCUUCACCCUCAUUGAACUUUAACCUUGCGCAAUACAUGUAUUUGGGCUAUUGUUGCUGCCUGUAUUACUAUAUGAUUUUAAAGAAAGAUUUUUAUUGGUUUGACAAAUGUUUUAUUGCCUAGUGACAUCAAUCGAAAUGUUGACAUUGCCUUUCGUGUUGAUAUUGCCCAAAUGAAAUUUAACUUCUGUUGGACGUGAAUUGUUUGAACGUACACAUUUAUGCAUUUUGCUGCCUCUAAGUAUUGAAAUUUUGUUUUUGUUCUUCGCAUUUGUAAUUGCAUAGGGAAAUUUUACCUGUAAACUUAACUUUUCAAGUGCAAUCAGGGGAAACCGGGUUCAGUUAGGAACAAAUCCCAUUGGAGGGGAGACUUGCAUUGCCAUAUUUAGCCGCUGACAAGGAGAUCAUAAGGUUCAAUGUGUACUUGUACACUGUAUUGAGGGUUUUCUUACAGAUUAGACUACAAGUAUCUAUGGUCCAUUCAUGUACAUGUAGCGUUACAUGUAGAUGGGGUCACAUUUUACGAACUUAUAUUUAAAGAGUUAGCUCGUAGUCAGUGUCUCGUCCCUGAGCAGUACGUGUGCAGUCUUCCUGGUACUGUCUGCAAAUCACAUUGCCUGUACCUCGUACCGUACGUACCUGCAUCUUGCAAAAGCUGAAGGUCUGCAUCAGUGAUAAUCACAUUGGCUUUACACUGGAUACCGACAGCAAUCACACUGUGCGUUGCGUGCGCAAUAAUCAGGAUGUGUCAAAACAGGUCAUCCAACACUUCCAUACAUCACCGUUGAAGGCAUUCUCGGAAUAUCUCAGAUGACUUUGUCAAAAAAGCCGGGGACUGGACAGAUCGGGCGGGCAUACUAGAUCAAUGUUUUAUUACUUGCGGUCCUUGCCAUGUUUAGUAUUGAUUAUUUGGUGCCAUGCAUGAUGUGAAAUAUGAUGAAAUGAUGUACUGAAUGAAUAAAAUGAGAAUCGGAAAUAUUGCUAGAAAUUCUUA